AUGGCAUCUCGUCGCUUGUCUUCUAUUUCUCAACACGUUGUUCCAAGACAGUACUCGACGCUCCAGGUUGGUGCAAAGUAUACGAACGAAUUCCAGAGCUAUGUGAAGCUUGCGAACGGAGAGAUCGGCUCGUGCUUCCACGAUGUUCCCCUGGGGUUGGAUAAGCAGACGAACACCGUCAAUGCGCUGAUCGAGAUUCCUAGGUGGUCGAAUGCGAAGUUCGAGAUAAACAAGGAGAUUGCGUUCAAUCCAAUAACGCAAGACUCUAAGAAAGGUAAGCCUCGGUUUGUCAAGAAUCUAUUUCCUUUCAAAGGUUAUAUUCAUAACUACGGUGCAAUUCCACAGACAUGGGAUGAUCCGACUGUGGAGGACGUGGAGACUGGCUUCAGAGGUGAUAAUGACCCUAUAGACGUGUGUGAAAUUGGGUCAAGAAUUGCACAAACCGGUGAAAUCUACAGAGUGAAGGUACUAGGUGCAUUGGCAUUGAUUGACGAUGGUGAGCUGGACUGGAAAGUCAUCGUUAUAGAUACAAGGGAUCCAUUAUCCAAGCAACUGAGCGAUAUUGAAGAUGUUGAAAGGGACAUGCCAGGGUUGUUAGAUGCCACUAGACGUUGGUUUAGAGAGUACAAAUUACCAGAUGGUAAACCAAAAAACGAGUUUGGUUAUGAAGAACAGUUCCUAAACGCCUCAAAGGCGAUAGAGGUCAUUGAGCAUUCCCACCAAUCGUGGAAGAAGCUGAUCCAAGGUGAAGUCUCUGUUGAAAAAGUCUCCAUCAAGAACGUCACGCUAAACGGUACCCCAGGUUAUACAUCUUCACCAUCUGUUCAAGAGUCUAUCAAGCCGGACGCAAAGAUUCCAGAUGAUAUUGAAAAGAGCUAUUUCUAUUGA